GAAUAGUGGAAGUAGAGCCCGUGUAGAAGUACAGGAUAGACAAGCGGGGGAGUCGCAGGCGCAAUGUGAUAGGCGGAGCUGGGGGAAGCCCUGGGGUUCAGGCCAGGUUCAAAAUGUUCGGUCGGGUUCCAGUCCGGGUCGAGAGUCGAGGCGCACCAACACUUUUCACUUUUUGGAGGCUGACUUUUCUAGCGUCAUCACUAAAAUUUAUCCUCACGCAUUAACCCUCCGACUUUCCCCUCUGCUCAACCGCGGAGCUUCUGCACCACCUACAAUCUCAACCCCAGAACUUCCUCGCCGGGAGUUUCUUUUUAUUUCUUUCUAUUCUAGCUAUCUGUGAGGCGCGCGCAGGUCGUCCCUUGGCGCGUUCCGAUUUCAAUCAACCGCAAUCAUGGCGCCCGGAAAACAAAAGGCCCAGAAGAUGUCCCUAGGGAACUUCCUGGCUGAUGAUAACCUUGGCUCUUGGGCUGAUGAGAUGGAGGACAUGCCCAUGCCUGGUGUCCCUGCCCCCUCCAACUUUGGAGGCGACCGCCGUCCCCCUCUUUCUUCUGCUGGUUUCGGUGGACCUACCUUCAAUGAGCGUGGCUUUGCCAUGAGAGAGCCCCUGCCGCUGCCUACCGAGCCACCUUACACCGCUCAUAUUGGAAACCUGUCUUUCGAUGCUACUGACGCCGACAUCUCGGAGCUGUUCGUGGAUUGCGGUGUGACGAACGUUCGUAUUGUUGAGGACAAAUUAACAGGAAGCCCCAAGGGUUUCGGUUACGUCGAAUUUGAAACUGUCGAUGGUCUCAAGAAAGCUCUCGACUUCUCUGGCUCCUCCCUUCAGGGACGAGCCAUCCGUAUUAGCAUCGCGGAGCCCCCCAAGGAGCGUGAUGUGAAGGAACUCGACUGGACUCGUAGAGGACCUCUUCCCGAUGCUCCACAGCGCCGUGUACCUGACCGCUCCUCUUUCGGUCGCAACAUGGACAAUGUUUCCGACGCCGGUAGCGAGCCGCGACGCCGUGGUGGUUUCGAGAGUGACGGCAAGGUCCGCGACUUCUCGAACUGGGAACGCAAGGGCCCUCUUUCACCCCCACCUGCCAGAGAGGGUGGUCGCCCAACCAGCAAUGAAGGCCCCGCUUUCAGAACCCGCUCGCCUGCUUGGGGUGAGGGACGCUCUCAGGAUGGCUCGCGACCUCCCCGACGCGAGUUCCAAGAACGCACACCCACCGCCGCUGAAAUGGAUAACCAAUGGAGAGCCAGGAUGAAGCCUGAUGCGCCAAAGGAACCCAGCAACCCGCCCUCUCCCGCUCCUGCAGCAGCCACUCCGGCUACUACUGCUGCUGCCCCUGCACCCGCUCAACGACCGAGGUUGAAUCUCCAGAAGCGGACGGUGCCGGAAGCCGCCGCUAGCCCCACUAGCAAUACUGAAUCCAAGUCCAGCAUCUUCGGGGGUGCUCGGCCAAUUGAUACUGCUACCAGAGAGAAGGAGGUUGAGCAACGGCGUCAACUUGCUCUGCGCCAGAAGAAGGAGGCUGACGAGAAGGCAAAGGCUGAGAAGGCCGAGAAGCAGCGAGCUUCCAAGGAGGCCGCCAAAUCCGAGAAGCCUGCGUCUACUCUUGAUCCCAACGGCAAGGACCAGGCUGAGACACCCCGGGGCGGCGCUAACUUCGAGAUCCUCCGGCGGGCCGGUGAGGACGAGAGUGGAAUGAACGCCGAUCAGGAUCCAGAGCAGCAGGGUGCUGAAGGUGGCGCCACUGCUGCUACUGAGGCCACAAAGGACGAUAAGACGAACGGUUCCUGGAGGGCUGGACCUACCUCCGAGGCCGCCGGCGGUGACGACGAAGGCUGGAGCACCGUGAGCACAAAACAGCGCAGCAGCCGCCGUGGUGGCCGUAACUUCGCAUAGAUUCAUGGAUACCCCGUUUGAAACACCAUCAGUCGACCGAAGUAUCACCAUGCCUGCAGAGAGGCCACGUUUUCGGGUUUUUUUUU